AACUUCGACAAUAGGUCAUCGACAAAACAAGUUUGAAUAUAGCAAAAUUUUGUAUAUAAUCUCUUAAACUUAUAAUUAGUUUUUUUUUUUUUUUAUUAUAAUACGUGUCUUUAAUAGUUUUUUAGCCGCAGAAAACUUCGAUUCUCAUGGCACCUUUAAGCGAAUCAGAAAGUUUCCUGCAAGCCGUGGUCGCAGCAGCAGCAGCAACAGCUGCUCAAAUAGCUCAACUGACGGCUAACAAGACGGUGGAUCAAUGCAGUUCACAGGCCGGGACUUCUGAGCUACCGACGCCUAGUUUAGAUGAGCCACCGCUCGAGCAGGAGCUGAAGGAGCUAGAGGAGCUGAAGGAGCUGCAGGAUCUGCAGGAGCUGAAGGAGCUGCAGGAGCACCUCAAUUGCGGUUCCAAUUGCCCAAUUAAACUACGAAGUCGCAAUUACACAGACAUUGUGGGCCGUAGGCCAAUCCACACUCCCAAGAGUAAGGCCACGUCCAUGGCCAUUCUUAAGACACCAAAAUCGACAAGAGCAAGGCGAUCUGUCAAAACACCAAAAUCAUCGAAAAAGUUAAAGAACAGCCUGAAAAUAGGCUAUCGCGGCGGCACUCCCAAGAAAGCUUCACCCCCGAGCAUGAGUAAAAAAAAGCUACUUAUGGCCAUGAAGUCGCGUUCCGUGAUGCAGAGGCGUCCGCUCUAUACGCGCAAGAGUCCCAAGUUGGCUACAAAGAGAAAAGCAGAUGAUCCAGGUCCUGAUGGUGCAUCGCCCUCGAAGCGCAUGCGCUGCGAGAAGAAGAAGACAAGGCUGAACGAAAAGAAGAAGAAAUGCGACUCGUCCAUAUCAGACGAUAAUCAGCAAGAGAAUCCUAAAAUUAUAGAUAGAGCUAGAGCUGACGGACUCCCCGUGGAACGGUCGUCCAGCUCACCAGAACCGACAUGUUCAGUGCCCGAACUGCCGACACCAGGGCGUAAAACCUUCCGUCAGGCUAAGCCUGAGUCCCACUCAGUUGAACAAUAUGGAGCAGAUAGUACUCCCACCAUUAUGGACUUGAGCCAAACGCUGAUGAUCAGUGAAAUUCAAGAUGCCGAUGAUUCCAAUGAGGUUACGCUGACAUAUGAAAGAGGACAGCAGGUGGACCUAUGUGAUCUACAAUCAGAUGGACGUAGCGAUAGAGAAGACGACGAUGAUUACGACGAUGAUGAUGACGACGGUGAAUCUGAAGAACAGGAACCGACUAAUAUUGGGGAAGUGAGGGGACGCCAACAACCAAAAGCGCAAAAUAAGCAGAAAAAUACCCGUAAGAGCGGAUGUACCCUGAUGUGACUAUUGUCAAUGUAUAUAUAUAUGUAUUGUAGAAGUCGGGCAUAUAUUUAAAAAAUGUUUCGGUAAGCUAGUUCAAUAAAAAUUCAUAUUAGCGAUGCUAAUGCCGAUCAAUAUGCAUACAAUACACAAA